UGUUUUGUUUUUUUUACUUAGUGUAUUAACACAUAAAUGAAUUCCAUUUUAACAGUUACUUCUCCUGGAUGCUCAACAGCCUGGUAACUGGAGUGUAUGCAUUCGGCUUCCUCUCGAUGGCUCCUCAACUGUUUAUCAACCACAAGCUGAGAUCUGUCAGCCACCUGCAGGGGGCAGUGUUGAUGUACAGAGGAGUGAACACUCUGAUUUCAGACCUGUGCUCCUGUGCUGCCAUGUUCUCCUCAUCUGAGGCAUUCUUGUCCUCUCAUCAACUGUCCUUUUUCAGAGAUGAGCUCUUCUUCCUCGUCUACCUCUACCAAAAAAGGUAGCACACACGACUCUUUUACUUUUACAGUGGGACUGCAGGAACAUUAAGUCAUGCACGGCUGUGUGCCAAAAAAGAGAAAA